AUGCAUCCGACAGACGCAGCCGACGAGAACAACCGGUCUGCAGAGAGGCGGCCUGCUCUCGCUGAUUCGACCUUCCCCUUUGGUCGCCUCUCUGCCGGACCAGAAGACGGGUCGCCAGGGGCGACGUCCGCUGUUUCAUCGCGAAACCGGUCGGACUCCUGGCCCGUCAUGCCACCUGGACGUGCGUCUGGGCGGGGAGGGGAGGACAAGAGACAGCUGCUGCGCGCAUCCUGUCUGUCUCGACGGCGAUGGGACGACAUCGUACGUCUGGUCAUGCCAAAGCCUGCGGCUGAAACAGACAUGAGUCUUCAGCGCUCGCUCGCCCCUCGAUCACGCUGGAGGCUCGUCGGCGCCUCGUCUGCCGCCUGUGCCUAUAUGUUGCUGACUUGUCUCACCAUCGCUGCCGGCAUGAGCUCUACCGGCCCACGUACCAACGGCAAGAGCCCGCCGUUCCGUGUCAACAGGAUGCGGCCGGCUCGCGACCAAAACCAGAACCAGAACCAGGCCAGCGGCUCCAUCGACGCCCGCAUGACCGGCUCGUCCAGCGUGAACAACAACUCGUACGCUUACACAAACGUCCUCCCGUCGUCUCCUCCUGGCCGCUCCAACGGCCGGGCUCAGAGCCCUACCAACAGUGGCGAUCGCUAUGACUACUACCGUGACUAUCGGCCGCAGAAACAGUCGCCAACGUCCGACUACGGAGACGACGGCAAUGGGGGUGGCCGAAACGGCGGUAACAGAAGCAACGCUGGCUCUGGCAGCGACAGGGACAGAGACGGCAGAAACGCCAGCAACGACGGCAACACCCGCCCGUUUCAGCACCACGUCUCCUUCUCCUUCAACCUCGGCCCGACUGGUGAUUACUAUACCGAUAACAGAAACGCCAACGGUGGCGGCCUUGCGGGAAUGCCGGUGCAGAUGCCGCUGUUUGGAUCAGGGUUCCCCUUUGGUGGUGGCGGUGGCGGACAGCGUGGAUUUGGCAGCUUCUCUCCGUUCCGGCCGUUUUAG